ACGCCGCCCUCCGACGCCCGGAUCCUCCGGCGACCGGGCUACGAAAUGGCCACGGAGCUGCCGGAGAUCCCGGGCCACCUCCUGGCCGAGAUAUUCCUCCGCCUGCCGGCCCCAGAGGACCUCGCCCGCACCUCCGCCGCCUGCGUCGCCUUCCGCCGCCUCGUCACCGACGGCCCCUUCCUCCGCCGCUUCCGCCGCCUCCACGCCCCGACCCUCCUCGCCUUCCUCGACCUCGAGGGCUUCCACCCCGCGCUCCCGCCCCACCCCUCCGCGCCCGCCGCCGCCGCGCUCGCCGCCGCCGGCGCCGACUUCGCCUUCUCCUUCCUGCCGCCCCACUGCGCCUGGAUCAUCCAAGAAAUCCGCGACGGCCGCGUCCUCCUCGCCCGCGACCACGGCGAAGACGAGCGCCCCCCGGUCUUCAAGGAGCUCGUGGUCUGCGACCCCUUGCACCGCCGGUACGUCACGCUGCCCCCGCUCCCCGACGCCCUAGCCGCUUCGGUACUGUUUCACCCGGCACCCGUGACGCGCAUGCCCUGGUGCGAGCCCUGCCUCGCGCCCCUCGGCGACGACGACGAGACAGAAUUCACAGUCAUCUGCGUGGUGCACUGCGAAACCAAGCUGGCCACCUUCGUCUUCUCCUCGGCCACGGGGCAGUGGCUCCCCUCGGCGAGCAAGCGCUGGAGCGAGCUGUUCCGCGGCAGGCGCGAGUCGGCCGCGGAUGCGUCGGUGCGGGAGCCUACUUCAUCCAAUUCCCCGCUGGACCCGACGUUCCUCAGACGCCACUACGCGUACGGCUGCUUCUACUGGGAGUCCACCAUGGCCAAACGGAAAGACCUGCUCGUCCUCGACACCCGAACGAUGGAGUUCUCGAUCACCGACCUGCCAUCCAAGGGGUGGGGUACGCUUGGAGUGGCCAUUCUGGAGGCGGGGGAAGGCAACCUUGGGUUGUUCGGCAUACGCGACCAACCGGCUGGUGGCAAACCUGAUCUAUGCUACACCGUUAGACAGAACAAGGGCGAGAGUUCCGGUCAGUGGCAGAUGGUGAGGACAAUCACGCUAGGUUCUGGGUGUCUGCAUUAUAUCAAAGCUUCAACAGAGAGGUACUUUCUCCUCGUAAGCGCCGAUGCCCCACGGUGGCUAGGCUCGUCUUUCAAGAUGCCAGACUUGGAAUACUUCUCCAUGGAUGUCAAGGAAUUGCAGCUUCAGAAGGUUUCUGUGAAACCUUUCGGGGCUGCCUUGUCUAGGACGCGCAUAUAUACCAACUUCCCCCCAUCGCUGCUGUCUUCACCAACAAUAUGAAAUGGUUCGACGGAGCCGUGAUGUGAUCAGCAUUGUCAACUCAAAGCAACUCUUAGUUUUGGGAGCGUGGAGUUCUCUCAGAACUGAUCACCUCGCAUGCAAAACGACCCAAUCUACACUGCUCCACUGUGCGGUGGUCAUGUCUAUGGUUUCGGUCAAUUAGUGUGACAACGUUGUGGAUGUUCCUUGCCUAAGAGUCUGCAAACUUAACUGUAUGCUUCAGUUGGCAGUGCUCAUGUCUAUGUCGUUCUUCCUAUCAUGCUUAAGAGUGUGACAUGAAGUUAACUGUCCCUGUCUAUCGAGGAUACAUUGUGUGA